GCAUUACGUAGCCCCGCCCCGGCUCGCGUGGAGCACACCUAAGUAGUCAUACCCACACAUUCAUUUUCGGAUUUGUGCUGGAAAAUACUCCAGUGUGAGCGUAUUCGCCUCGUAGGACCACAUCCAGAGAGCCCAUCAGUGUCCUCGCUCACUUGACUUGAAGAAGAGAAAUGGAGAAGGGUUUGUCCACAACAGGGAACACUGAUCUGGACCAGGCUGUCAAGCAGUGGCUGCAAUAUGACAAGAACCCCAAAACAGUGUCGAUGGUGCAGGAGCUUGUGAAAAACGGAGCAGUAGAGGCCCUCAAGAAAUGCUUCUCCUCCAGAAUGGAGUUUGGCACGGCAGGUCUGAGAGCAGCCAUGGGCCCCGGCAUUUCCUGUAUGAACGACCUCACUAUCAUCCAAACCACUCAGGGUUUCUGUCACUACCUGGAGGAGAGUUUUGGGAACCUAAAGGAGCGAGGGGUGGUGAUUGGUUAUGACGCCCGUGCCCAUCCACCCAGCGGGGGCGGCAGCAAGCGUUUCGCCAGCCUGGCUGCAGCUGUGUUCAUCAGCCGAGGGGUGCCGGUCCACCUCUUUCAUGACAUCACCCCUACACCCUUUGUGCCUUUCACUGUGUCCCAUCUGGGUCUGUGUGCUGGUAUCAUGGUGACCGCCUCUCACAACCCCAAACAGGACAACGGCUACAAGGUGUACUGGGAGAACGGGGCCCAGAUCAUCUCUCCUCAUGACAAAAGUAUCGCCAAAGCCAUAGAGGAAAACUUGGAGCCCUGGCCUGAGUCCUGGAACACAGAAGAGGCCCUGAAGAGCCCAUUACUUAAAGACCCGUACCAGGAUAUCCACACGCAGUACUUCAAAACCAUCCAGAAUCACUGUCACAACAGGGACAUAAACAAGAGUUCAGAGGUGAAAAUUGUGCACACAUCUGUGCAUGGAGUCGGCCAUGCAUUUGUUCAGUCAGCUUUCAAAGCCUUUGACCUCCAGCCUCCACACGCUGUAGAGGAACAGAAAGAUCCAGACCCCGAGUUCACCACUGUCAAAUAUCCCAAUCCUGAAGAGGGAGAGGGAGUCCUGACACUGUCAUUUGCUCUGGCAGAGAAAGUUGGGGCUUCUGUCGUGCUAGCUAAUGACCCUGACGCUGACCGACUGGCAAUCGCUGAGAAGCAGGAGAGUGGGCAGUGGCAAUUAUUCAGCGGUAAUGAAUUAGGAGCCUUGCUUGGUUGGUGGAUGUUCCGCUGCUGGAAAAAGCAAAACUCUGACCCUGCUGCUGUAAAAAACCUCUACAUGCUGUCGAGCACCGUGUCAUCCAAGAUUCUGCGCGCCAUUGCUCUCAAGGAAGGCUUCCACUUUGAGGAAACACUGACAGGGUUCAAGUGGAUGGGAAACAGAGCCAGAGACCUUUUGGACCAGAGCAAAGCUGUUCUAUUUGCAUUCGAGGAGGCAAUAGGGUAUAUGUGUUCUCCCUCUGUAUUGGAUAAGGAUGGAGUGAGUGCUGCAGCCAUAUCAGGAGAGAUGAUUUCCUAUCUGGCCACAAAAAGCACCAGCCUUUCUCAACAGCUCACUUCCAUAUAUGAAGAGUAUGGCUACCACAUCACUAAGAACUCUUACUUCAUUUGUCAUGACCAGAAUGUGAUACGCAGUUUGUUUGAACGCCUUCGCAACUACAAAGGUCAGAACGAGUCAUAUCCCACUGAUUGUGGUCGCUUCUCCAUCUCUGCUGUACGAGACCUGACCACCGGCUACGACAGCAACCAGCCGGACAAGAAAGCUGUUCUUCCCACCUCCCGUUCCAGUCAGAUGAUCACAUUUAACUUCUCAAACGGGGGCGUGGCCACUCUGAGGACCAGCGGCACUGAGCCAAAAAUCAAAUACUACACUGAACUCUGUGCUGCUCCUGGUAACAGUGAUGUGACACAGCUGAAGAAGGAACUGGAUGACCUGGUUAAUGCCAUUGUUGAAAACUUCAUGGAGCCGGAGAAGAACAAACUGCAGCCCAAGCCGGAGUAGCACUUUAUAGACAUACAGUGACAGGGAGGAUCAUUUAAGGCUAGCUUUCGACCAGCAUUUCACACAAUGUCCUUAUUAAUUCAGAAGGGAUUCUUGGUUUAAAACAGGCUUUAUUUCACAUUUAUAACUCAGAUAAUCACAAUUUCAUUUCUGUCUUUCUGGGCCAGUUACACUGAUAUAUAAUCAUGAAUCUGUCUUAACCAACUGAAGGGUUGAUGACAACUUGUUACCUCUACUUCUUUUGCUUUAAAUAAUGGAUCCAGAGUCAGGUUUACAUUCUGCUGUCACAGAAUAUCAUUAAAACAACUUUUUAUUUGGGUUAGCCUCAGCCCUGGAAAUUUGAACGACAGCUUGCAUAAAGUCAGUCAUUCCUACUGCGUGUGGUGUUAAGUUAUAAACAUUCCUUUGUAUUCUCCUGUAAUGAUAACACAUUCCACACUGAUUCAGCUGUAAAGUGCUGACAUUAAAAAGUAACAGAAAUGAUCAGUAACUGUUAAAACUGAUGUAACUGUAAACUAAAUGCAACCAAAAUGAAUGCUGUAAACUAGCUUCAAAAUAAUUACUUAUAUUGUAACAGUUUUUGAAAUGUCACCACAUUGAAAGGUAUGGUUAAACUGUGUAAAAUCAAUGCUAAAUGUGCAAAGUUUACUGACUUGUAAGAUGACUCAGCCCAAAAGCUUAGAGCACCACUAAGUGGAGAUUUUGCACAAGUUUUUAUAAUGUGCCCACUUCUCAUUCCUCCAAUUGAAAAAGUUAUAAGUCAAGGGACUCUUAGACACCACACAGUUGAAUUUAAAAAUUAGACCCCUUUAAUUACCAGUAAUGUAUUACAUACACGUGAAAUAAAAACACUUUCAUGGUGUGACUUGUAUUCCAAGA